GCAGGGAAAGCCCUCAGACCGAACAGUGUCUCCGGUGAGGACCGCCGCUCCGCACUCUGCUGGCUCCGCGCUGAGGGCUGCGCCGCUAAACGGACUGAAAAGCACUUCAACCCAGCAACGCUACGCUGUCAUUAGCACUGAUCCGUUUUCUUGGGGGGACAUGGCCGAUGUGAGUUUAAACGAGUCGUCCACCGCGGACGUGGCGAACAGGUUCGCCCGCAAAGGUGCUUUGAGGCAAAAAAACGUCCACGAAAUCAAGAACCACAAAUUCAUAGCCAGGUUCUUCAGGCAGCCGACUUUCUGCAGCCACUGCACCGACUUCAUCUGGGGUUUUGGAAAACAAGGAUUCCAGUGCCAAGUUUGCUGUUUUGUGGUCCACAAGAGGUGCCAUGAACUUGUCACGUUCUCCUGCCCAGGGGCUGAUAAGGGGCCCGACACGGACGAUCCCAGAACGAAGCACAAGUUUAAGAUCCACACCUAUGGGAGCCCCACCUUCUGUGACCACUGCGGCUCUCUGCUGUAUGGCCUCAUCCACCAGGGCAUGAAGUGCGACUCCUGCGACAUGAACGUCCAUAAGCAGUGUGUUAUGAACGUGCCCAGCCUGUGUGGAACCGAUCACACCGAAAGAAGGGGCCGUGUUUACCUGAAGUGUGAGGUCAGCGGCGAUAAGCUGCAGGUCACAGUGGGUGAAGGAAAAAACCUGAUCCCCAUGGACCCCAACGGCCUGUCUGAUCCGUAUGUCAAGCUCAAGCUCAUACCAGACCCCAAAAAUGAGACCAAGCAGAAGACCAAAACCAUCCGCUCCAACCUCAACCCCAAAUGGAACGAGACCUUUAAUUUCAAGCUGAGGCCUACAGACAAGGACCGCCGGCUGUCAGUGGAGGUGUGGGACUGGGACCGGACCACUAGGAAUGACUUCAUGGGGGCCCUUUCCUUCGGCGUGUCCGAGCUCAUGAAGUCUCCAGUCUGUGGAUGGUAUAAGUUACUGUGCCAGGAGGAGGGCGAGUACUACAACGUUCCCAUCUCAGAGGAGGACGAUGGGAAUGAGGAACUGAGGCAGAAAUUUGAGAAAGCCAAGCUAGGCCCAGGUAAGAAGGUGAUCAACGAGACGGACAACAGCAACUCCAGCCAGGUGCCUUCCAACAGCCUGGACCAAGUGAAGCUCAGCGAUUUCUCCUUCCUCGCUGUCCUGGGGAAAGGCAGCUUCGGCAAGGUCAUGCUGGCAGAGAUGAAGGCCAGUGAAGAUCUGUACGCAAUAAAGAUCCUGAAGAAGGACGUGGUGAUCCAGGACGAUGACGUAGAAUGUACCAUGGUGGAGAAGAGAGUCCUGGCCCAACAGGACAAGCCGCCCUUCCUCACACAGCUCCACUCCUGCUUCCAGACUGUGGACCGUCUGUACUUUGUCAUGGAGUACGUGAAUGGGGGAGACCUCAUGUAUCAUAUCCAACAAGUGGGCAAGUUCAAGGAACCUCAGGCAGUGUUCUAUGCAGCAGAGAUCGCUGUUGGUCUCUUCUUCCUGCACUUAAAAGGAGUCAUCUACAGGGAUCUGAAGUUGGACAAUGUGAUGCUGGACUCAGAGGGACACAUCAAGAUCGCUGACUUUGGCAUGUGUAAAGAGAACAUGUCAGAAGGAGUGACCACACGCACCUUCUGUGGCACUCCAGACUACAUAGCUCCAGAGAUCAUUGCAUAUCAGCCAUAUGGACGCUCUGUGGACUGGUGGGCAUAUGGAGUUCUGCUCUACGAAAUGCUGGCGGGACAGCCUCCGUUUGAUGGAGAGGAUGAAGAUGAGUUGUUCCAGUCCAUUAUGGAGCACAAUGUGUCCUACCCCAAGUCCCUGUCCAAAGAAGCUGUCUCCAUCUGCAAAGGGCUGAUGACCAAACACCCGUCCAAACGUCUGGGCUGCGGCCCCGAGGGGGAGAGGGACAUCCAAGAGCACGCCUUCUUCAGACGCAUCGACUGGGAACGUCUCGCGAACAGGGAGAUACAGCCGCCCUUCAAGCCCAAAGUGUGCGGCAAAGGAGCGGAGAACUUUGACAAGUUCUUCACGCGCACCCAGCCCCAGCUCACACCGCCGGACGAGCUGGUCAUCGCCAACAUCGACCAGGCCGAGUUCGCAGGGUUUUCCUUUGUCAACCCGCAGUUUGUACACCCGUUGCUCAGUAACAGCCUAUGAGAAGGAUGGGGAAGCCUCCCUGAAGAAACUCCCUGCUCACUGCCACCCACUGAAACCGACCGCCAGCUCAGCAUCUGACCACAACUUGAUCAAGGCCCACUCUAAACCUUUAUAUGUCAGUUUUAUUCAUAAGCAUCAUUCUAGGGUGAUGAUUUGCCAUUGUAGGUUAUAUAUAUUCGAUUGGUUCUCGACCAUCACAAGAAAUAAUUUCCUUUAGUUUAAUGUUGAGCAUGUACUGUAGACAGGGUUGUCCUUCCUUUACCGCUGCAAACUGCAUUCAAGGUUUACCAUAACUGGAGGUAACAGAGAUAGAAGGGUGUCAGACUUUAUUUAUCUAGCAUUUGAUUAAAUUGAGAGAGUAAAUUAAUCUAUGCCUGUAUGUGUUAAAAGCUGAAGGAGCAUUUAAGGCAUAGAUUAACUUAGACAUACUUAAAUUUUCAUGCUUACAAAUAAACAUGGUCUGCUGCUUUUAAAUGGAUGAUUAUCACAAUAUAGAUAUAAUGUAAUGACCAGAAAAACACGCAUGUAAGGCCGUGUAGACACUUUAGCCUAAUAUGAAGGACAGGUGGUGCAGGCGUUGAAGCGGCACCUUGUGAUUCAAUGUUUCCUGUAUCAUGUUUACAGUUUUCUUCCCCUUUGAUUUCACGGCGAUGGUGUGAAAUGGUAUUUUAGUACAGUUCGAUUCUAGCCAGUCUCAGCUUCCAGUGUGCGUAGCAAAUCAAUUUAAAGAAUGAGCAGUCAUGUAAUUACAUAAUAUGCAGCCUGUAAAAACGCAAAUAUGUGAGACACACAGGCAUGAAAGUGUGUCAGGGUUGGUUCCGUUUUGUCAAAACUUACCUUAACUAUUAUCAGCCUGUUUUACCUGCUUUUAAAGGUGAUAAUUCACACACUUUUUUUUUCUAGCCCUUACUUGAGCUGCAGAUUGUGAACCUCCCUUCUCCAUAUUUUUUUUAGUAUGUGGGCAGUGGCAGAACAUUAUUAUAUCUACCUUGUGGAAAAAAAUCAAACCUAAAAGCGUUUACAAUUUGUCAUGUUUUAACACUGGUCAGUGUUAACCACCAUCUCUGUCCCAUGCCAUACCCAGACUCUCCCACUGGUCAUAAAUGUUGAUAAACUGUUGUUUGUUUUUAGAAUAUAACAUUAUGUUGCUGUGUAUUAACCGUGUAAUGUUGCAUUGGAUACAGAAUCAGGCAACUGACGAUCUCUCUUGUCCUGAGAACAAACUCGUCCUUCAUUAGUAGUGUCAACAUGAUCCUUAUCAUUAUCCCUUUUUCUUUCUUUUCAGAAAUAGAUACGUUUUUACCCUCCU